UUAACUCUAAACAAAUACAUAGUCAACGCAUACGAAUACAAAAAGUCAAAGAUCUGAACAUCAAUUUCAAUUAUAGCCUUCUAAAAGAGUAAUUGAUCUUUGUGAUCGUCAUAAUGAUCGACCGACCAGAAAAACCACGCAACCAUCCUCCGAUCAACUUCGCCACCGUGGAAGAUGGAAUUUAUAGAUCCGGAUUUCCUGAACCUGCCAACUUCCCUUUUCUCCAAACCCUAAACCUCAAAUCUGUCAUAUUUUUGUGCAAAGAAUCAUACCCAAAAGAGAAUUUGGAAAUUUUGAAUUCGCAUAAUAUUAACCUCUUUCAAUUUGGUAUCGAUGGCCAUGAGAAAGCGCACAUUCCCAAGCGUAUCAUAUCAGAAGCUCUGAAGGUUUUAAUUGAUGACAGAAAUCAUCCUGUUUUGAUACAUUGCAAAUGUGGAAAACAUCGAACUUUGUGUCUUGUUGGCUGCUUAAGGAAGCUUCAGAAUUGGUCUUUGCCUUCGGUUUUGGAGGAAUACAAGCUUUCUGCAGGCGAAAAAUCGAGAGAAAUUGAUUUCAAAUUUCUAGAGAUGUAUGACGUUACUUUUGUAAGGCAGUAUCUUCAUAGCAUCAUUUACCAGUAUCAUGGAUAUGGUUCCAAGAAGAGACGUCUGAUGUACCAGAAGAUGUUCAACAUUAACCAAAAAUCAGUUCUGUUUAGACCUAAUCAUCGUUCUUAAAACAGACUUAUCUUGCGUUCAUUGUGUUUUUAAUCUUUUUUAGCCCAUCAAGAUUUUUGCCUUCCUCUUCUCUAUGACAUUGUAUAGCGUUGAUGAAAUUUUUUUUGUCAAAAACCUUGAUUAUUGGGUUUUUUUUUACCUGGUUAGGGUCUGUAAAUUAAUACUCCAUGUCCGUCAAACAUUUGAUCCUGUAAUUCUAUAACAUUCUGAUGUAUAGCUCCUGCAUUGUUGGAAUAGUGGAAGUAAUGAAAUCAUAAAGCCACGUUAUGUUCGUA